UCCGUCCUCGCGGCUGCGGGCAAGGCUGGGUCUGUCCCGGGCUCAGCCGCUGCUGUCACGUCGGGAUGGGGACCGAGGUGAAAGUCGGGGCGAGGCCGUUGCUUCUCUUCACGUCGGCGAUCCUGUGCUCCCUGGCGCUGGGCAAGGAGUCAGUGGGAACCUCUAACCCUGUAGUCCAGGUUCCUGAGAAUAAACCUGCCAAGCUGUCCUGCAUAUACUCCGGCUUCUCCUCUCCUCGGAUUGAGUGGAAGUUUGCCCAAGGGGACAUCACCAGCCUCGUCUGCUAUAACAACAAGAUCACGGCUCCCUAUGAGGACCGAGUCACCUUCUCGAACACUGGCAUCACCUUCCACUCUGUGACCCGGAAGGACACGGGGAUGUAUACGUGCAUGGUCUCUGAAGAUGGCACCGCCUAUGGGGAGGUCAGCAUCCAGCUCAUUGUGCUUGUGCCUCCAUCCAAACCCACAGUCAACGUCCCCUCCUCUGCCACCAUCGGGAGCCGGGUGGUGCUGACCUGCUCAGAGACAGAUGGCUCCCCACCCUCUGAGUACCUCUGGUACAGGGACGGGAUCCAGGUGCCUCAGAAGCCCAAGAGCAGCCGUGCUUUCAGUAACUCUUCCUACAGCCUGGACACCAAGACAGGAGAGUUGGUCUUUGAUCCCGUCUCAGCCUCUGAUACUGGAGAAUACGCUUGCCAGGCACAGAACGGGCAUGGGGCACCCAUGAUGUCCGACAGCGUGCGCAUGGAGGCUGUGGAGCCGAAUGUGGGGGGUAUCGUGGCAGCUGUCAUAGUGACACUCAUUCUCCUGGGACUCUUGAUUUUCGGCAUCUGGUUUGCCUACAGCCGAGGUUACUUCCACAGAAUAAAGAAAGGGACCGAGAAUAAGAAGGUCAUUUAUAGCCAGUCCACCGCUCGAAGCGAAGGGGAAUUCAGACAGACCUCGUCUUUCCUGGUGUGACCCUGGUCCUCGAGCUGGCCUCACUCAGGUGCUACCAGACUCUGGCCCCUGAAGGCUGUGAUUUCACAGGAUGCCUUGUUUAUCUUCUAGCUCCACAGGGAUGCGAUUUUAUAACGUGAGCUAUGAGCCCCUUCCUCCUUCCUCCUCCCGUCCUGUCCUUUCCGGGCACUGCUGUGUGGCCUGGGACUUGUGUAAAGCUUCCAUUCCUGUCCCUACGAGGGAUCCAGCAGGAGUCUUGGCAAUGCCAGUUCCAGUUGACCUCCUGUCCGCGGAGACUGCAAAGUGGAGGGCGCUCACCUCCCCCCGCAUGCAGCAGCCCUUGGAUAGGGAUCUUCAGUCUGAAUCCAUGGUUCUUUCCUCCCAUCCCGAGCACCAGUACCAGGCGUUCUGCGGUGGAGCCAGAGCCGAGCAGGAGAAAUGGUCGUUGACAUCAGUCUCUUCCACCUGUCUUCCCACGGGAAGUGCCCCUGGGGUCCUCCGGCACUGCCCUGGACACAAGCCUACUGACGCCAACUGUGUAGUAGGACAAACGAGCCCUGGCUGUGGGGAGCACAGUGAGCCUGUGGGGACCCGAAGCAGAAGAAUUUCAAAAUGGAAAGGGAACCUGGAGCUGAUGGCUGGACAGCUGGACGGACCUCUUCAGAUGUGACUGCGAACUGUGUGUGUGGUCUUAGCUCCGUGUUGACAGGAGUGUGUGUUGGAGAACUUCCUAGCUCUUUGGUGAGACUGUGUUUGUGUAUGUUGGGAUGUUGCUGGAAAUAAAAACUUGGUUUGUCGAAGCGUCUUGUGAGUGGGAGAGUGAGGCCCUCCGGCUUCUCCAACAAACAAGGAAAUGCCUGAAGCCCUGUUUCCCAGCAACCCGGGCUGGUCCCAGCUCCCUGCCGCACCCCUUCCCGGUCCCUGCCUCAAGGUGG